AAUAAACACAAUAAGAAAAGGGUUACGAAAGAGCAUCGUUGUUUAGUUAGUAGCAAUGGACGGUGCUGUGAAAACUGUUGUUAAGGUUUCCGGCGACCACAAAACGUCGUCGUCGACCACACCUUCUUACGAUUCAUCAUAUGUUUUGGCUACCAGACCUUCCAGACAAGUUCUGUCUUAUUGGACAUGCUCCAAGCUUUGUGCAAUUUGCUUUGUUGGUGGAGUUAUUUUUGGUUACACACUUAGAGGUCGUGUUAAGCGUUGGGCAUCCAAAAUUCUCAACAAGCUUACCUGAAUCAACCUUCUUUUUAAUUAGUAGUGAUUAGAGUUUACUGAUUUUGUUAGGGUUCAGUUUCAUUCAUAUCUUAGCUAGAGAAAAAAGAAGAUUGAUUUUGCUUAACUAUACCCCUCUUUGUUCAAUGUGGAUUUUGGAACUUGACAUUUGAUUUUCACUUUCUGGUUUUCUAA